GGGAGAGUUUGCACUGCGCCUGCGUCUUCUGUGAGGGAAGUGACGGGAAUUGUAGUCCGUUCAGUUUCCAUGGUGGGAGAUCCUCCGGAGGGAUUCUCGUCCCCGCAAUACCUUACGUAGGUGAAACCUUCGACUUCUGAGAAGAGUGUAGUUUUAUUUUGAACGAUAAUACUUCGCAUAGUCACGUUCGAGAAGAUGAAGUGGGCCCCUCAUUAGAUACGUUUGUGAUUCUCAGAUGAAAUAAAGAUGUCAAGAAAACAUUCAAAGCACAAGAGAGAGAAGGAUAAAUCCCGACCAAAGAAAUCAAAGUCACAAAGGCACAGCCCCAACCAUGCUGGAGAAAAAGGCAAGACUGAGCAGAAGCCACAGUAUAGUGGAGGGAGCUCAUUACCAAGGCGAUCUUCCUUAUCGCCAUGCACAGGAAAAAGAAGAAAACUGAGCCAUCUGGAGGUAGAAAUUCCCACAACACUCAAACAGUCCAUGGAAGAACAGGCAAAAUCUUCUCAGCCUAGGUCACCAGAUUUCAAGGAAAAGCAUAAAUUCAAAUUACAGAAACGUAAGUAUCAUGCUGCUUCAUUGGGGACAACUUCAUCAUCCGAUUAUGAAAAUACUGGGUCCAAAUCAAAGCAAAAGAAGAAGCAUAAAAAGCAUUCACGAGAAGAAAAUAGAAAAGAAAAACACCACAGUUCAUCUACAAAACAUACAGCUGAUACACAUGUCUCAGGAGAACAGCCAAAUGAAUUACAGUGGUGUAAAAAAUGUCAGUCUUCCAAAUUUUGCAAACAUUUGCAAAACAAAUGCAAAGCAAAGCCAUCAAUAACAGAGGUAGAUCUUGAGGUGUUGAAGACAAAAAUAAGUGGCCCUACAUAUGAAAGCUUGCAGACUGAUUUUCAAGACUUUGUUAGCAAAACAUAUAUUUUUGAAAAAGCUGAAGAGGCUUGUGAGAAUGAUGCAAGUAAACAUUCCACAGUAGAACCUACAUGGACAACAAGCAAACUCACUUCUUCAUAUGAUGAACCUAGACCUCUUUCUGAGGCAUUUGAGAGUAAAGGACAAACAAAAAAAUCGUCAGAGUUGCAAGGUGAAUCUAAUUAUUCAGGUGCAAUGCAAAAUUCUGAAGAUUCCAGAAAGGUUCCAAUAAAAAUUGAAGAAUUGAAUGGUUCCAAAAAUAAAUCUCUCCGUAUGAACUUGCAUGAAAAGCCUAAAAUAUCUAAGAAAGAGUUUGAUGUGUGGAAAGUAACCAAAGCACCUCUGAAAGCUGUCAAAAACACAGCAAGUUUUAAUGAUGGAUCAAAGUUUCUAGAAUCUGGAUUUUGGGAGAAAUGUAACAAAAUAUCUAAUUGCUUGCGAGGGCUCAGAAAAAAAUCCAAGAGUUUGGAACCGGUCAGAGAUGAAACCGGCAUUGAAAGAGCAUCUUCAUAUUUGACCAAAUUCUCAGAAAAACCUGGUGAUGAUUCAAAACCCUUGGAGGUUGAAAAACCAAGCAUAUCGUUUGAAGAACCAACAACCUCAGGAACAGUUGACAGAGAGUUCAAACUCUCUACAAGGCCAGGUAUUGAUUCUAGAAGCACCAAAUUGAUCAAUGAAGGAAGGGCAGUUUUGGGAUAUUCACAAAAACAUCAGGCUUCAAAUUCUACUCAGCAAUCCAGAAUCUUUCAAAGAACUGAUGGACCUACAUUUUCAUCGAGGAACUCUGAAAAUGCUGAGAAAUUGGAAGUGGCAAAACAGACAAAGAAAUUUCACAGUUUUAAAAUUCUUAAAAAAGUUUAUGCCACAGAUGCGUUAUCCCAGGCUGUAUCUAAAAAGCUAUUAACUUCAAGUGGAACUCGGUCGGUUGGUAAAUCUUCAGACAGCGCUACAAAACCUACCUCACUACCUCAGGAUCUUGCGUUGGCCGCACAACAGCCGGGUUCUCCGAUAACGUGUGGAAUUACCACUUCACCAGAUGAUGCAAAUAUGGAUACUGAUCAAAAGAUGGAGAUAGCAGAAGAACUGCAAACAGCUCGAUAUGAAAAGGUUUUGGAGGUAGAAUUGGGGCAGAGCUAUGGAGAACUGACUAGCAUGGAGAUAGACCCACCAGAGGAAGUAAAAACAUUAUCCUUUUCCGAAGCCACUUCCCAGCCUGACAUUCUCCUUGUGUUGGAUACCAAUAUUUUUAUCAGUCACCUUAACUUUAUUGUGAAUUUGAAGGACCAUGGAGUAUCAGAUGUUGGUUUCCCAAUUAUAGUGAUCCCAUGGGUAGUUCUACAGGAACUGGAUUCCUUAAAGAGUGGAAAGCUAUCUGGAGGUGUUAAUCGCAAAGCUGUACCUGCUGUACACUUUGUUUAUUCCUGCUUCAAAAGUCGGCAUCCGCAUGUAUGGGGCCAAUCCAUGCAACAGGCAGCUCAAAAGUUCUGUGGUUUAAGGGAAGAAAACAAUGAUGACCGUGUGUUGCAGUGUUGCAUGCAAUAUCAACAGCUGUACCCUUGUGCACAUGUACUACUUUGCAGUGAUGAUAAAAACCUUUGCAGUAAAGCCCUCGUAAGCAGUGUCAAGGCUGUGAGGAAAGUUGAUCUCUUGACUGAAUUGAGAAGCUUGAAAUCUAUCCCAGAUGUCACAAAUACUCAGGAUCUUAGUAUCUUCAAUCAACCUCAGUCAGCGAUCAAUGUGAAAGAUCAAAAUGGAACUGGUAAUCAGCAUUUGUCCGUAGAAGAGUCAGCUUUGGAUGUUACAAGCAUCAUUUCUCAACUGGAGAAGUGUCUAGGCUGUGCUCUGUCAGUGAUAUUAGAAACAGAGAUGAAAAAAGUAUAUGAUGAUCUGUGGAUGGAGAUAUUGUUUGUGAAGCCUCCUUGGUCAUUGGAAGACAUAUUACUAUGCAUGAAGAAACACUGGAUAGCUGUGUUUGGCCUACUUGUGAAAAGAAAUUUGCAAUCAUCUGUGGAGAGCUUAAGUGAUUAUCUUCAAGCAGAUAAGUGGCCAAAGUAUAAUCGCUUCGUUGUUACCUGGAUGUUGACGGAGUCCCAGAAACUACUGCAAGCCUUCAGCUCAAUAUCAGAUUAUGGUGGAGUACUCCCAAACACAUUGGCUGUCCUGGAUGAAUUACUCAGUAAGAUUUCUGAGGGUGUCAUGAAAAUUGAACCAAAUUCAAAGUCUUUGGAAAGGUCAAAAAACUCGUCGGAAAAGGUGGAAAUUUCAGCGGAGUCAGCAUUGCAGCCCAAUCUAGGGAGAAAUAUAACUCUGCCCCCAUUCAACUGCAACACUGGCGAUCCUAUGUCAGAGAUGGAAAACUCUCAAGUAGUGAACAAAAGUCAACAAAUCUGGGCCACCUUUGAGAAUGUCUGGAAUAUAAUAAACAAAUACAGCUCGCUUAUUUUUGCAACCUUUAACCUUCCUCACAACUCAUUUGCUGUUGUAAUGGACAGCAAGUUGCCACUUCCUGAGGAAGCAUUUCAGAGCCUGCAGAAGUUGGUGCCUGCUGUGAAAGAACUACUGGCAGGAAUUCAAAGAAUUUUGUCAUCUGAUAGCAAUGUUCAGGACUUUGAGAAACUUAUGGAGAUCCUGCACAUCUUUCUAACUAAUGAAGAGACUAAUAAUUCUGCCACUGGAAUCUCUGCACAGGAUCUGCAUGAAUGCUUUACUCAUGAAGAGUAUAGGAAGAAGCUGACUGUCGGAUACAGCCAACUGGCUGAGUUAACCUACAAUUUGGAGCAAUGCAAUGCAGCAGUGUGUCUUGAGGCCAGAAACAGAGGCUUGGUUUAAAAUUGCUCACCGAUUAUACGCUAAUAUUUUGCCACAAACUGGACUUAAUUCAAUAAUUUUUACCAAUGCUCAUCUCUUGUUGUGAGAACAAUAAAUUCUCUGUAUCAGAGGUAAAAAUGUAAGGUUUUGUUAAGGUAGAACUUAAAUAAAGAAAACAAAUUAUACAGUAUUUAACACCAUUCAGUAAA